GUCACAAUUUGUGGAUCAAUGCUACAGGAACUGCAGGAAGUAUGGGAUGAACUGGGAGAGCCUGAUGCAGAAAGGGAUACAAUGCUGUUUGAGAUUGAGCAAGCUUGUGUGGAAGUAUACAGAAGAAAAGUGGACGAAGCAAUUAAGUGUAAAGCUCAGUUGCAGGCAGAAAUUUCAAGGACUCGAGCACAGAUUUCAGAUAUUUGUUUUGCUCUGGGUGAGCAACUACCUCAUUUUGAUAAAAGUGCCACUGGAGGCUUGAAGAGAGAGCUUGAUAGCUUUCUUCCACUACUAAAGGAAAUGAAGGCGGAAAAAUGAUAGGAAGAACCAAUUCUUUGAAGUUCUAAAUCAAUUAAAGGAUAUUUCAAAUGAGUUAGGCAUGUCGAUGGAAGAUAGUCUUUCCAAAAUGGUGGUGAAUGAAACUGACUUGUCCCUGAAAAGAUUAGAGGAUCUACGAGCACAGUUACUUAUUUGUCAAAAUGAGAAGCAAGCCCGGCAGAAACUGGUGGAGGACCAGCUUACCGCUCUGAGUUUACUGUGUUUGGUUCUUGGCGUGGAUUUCAAAAACACAAUUUAUGAGAUUCAUCCUACUCUAAGCAAUUCUAAAGGUGUAAAGGACAUAAGUAAUAGUACGCUUGAGGGUUUGUCUGGUGCAUUAUUGAGAAUGAGAAAUCUCAAGAUGAAGAGAUGGGAGAAGCUUCAAAAGUUUGCAACUUCCUUGUUGGAGUUAUGGAAUUUGAUGGAUACACCAACGGAGGAGCAAAAGGCAUUUCAUAAUGUUACCAGUAAAAGUGCUGCAUCAGUCACUGAAGUUACCGAAGCCAACAUCCUCUCUAUUGACUUCCUUAAUUUUGUUGAAGCAGAAAUAUCACGUUUGGAGCAGUUGUAUUUGCGGUUAUGUUCAUUGUUUAUGCUGAUAAUUCUCAAAGAUAACAUUCCUCUCUUACCUUUUUGGAAUAUAUAUUAGUUCUGUUUGCAAUUUUUAUUUUUACUUUAUUUUCUUAUGCUCAUUGUUCUACUUGCCAUUUUCUGCAUUUUCAGUUACUUUGACAAUGCUGAUGUGUCGUCAUGUGCCCAAUUCAAAAUGUAGAGCCUAAAAUGGUGUACAUUUUUAUGCUUGAUCCUAAUUAUUUAAGGUCAUAUAGCCGCAUUUGUAAAUGAGUUAUCUUAGUUUCUAACUGCUAGUGUUGAUACCAGUAUCUCUUCAUUUUAUUCAAUAGAAAAGCUAGUGAUCAUUCUUAAUCUUUUAAUCUUGAUUUAUGUAUAGUUUGGUAAUGCAUUGAAGCAUGUGAGUCUAUUCUAUAAUUGACUUCAAAUAAUGGCCACUCCUGCAAUGGUAUUAACAGAACGGCCUUUUAGGUUCGACCACUUUAAAGUCUCAAUGCU